GCAUCACCAAACCUCACCAAACACACCAGAUUUCCUCCCCGGCAUCACCUAUUCAGCCUCAGAUCCGUCGCAUGAAAAAUAAGAAAGAGCAGACGACCGCUUCACCUUCCCAGUUGGAAUUGGAACCCUGCAGACUUGUGCGUGGUCGCUCGCGUGCUACACCCUCCAAACCGAGCUCUAGCAGGCAGAGAUUAGCUGAUUAGGUAACCAAUCUUCAACAAGAACUGCCUAUAUCCGAGCUUUUUGGCCACGCAUGGACACCUUGGAUCCCAGCCGCUGCUGCAUUGGAAGCAUAUCUCCUCCGGGUGCACACCCCCGUCCUCCAUGGCCGGAGCUCGCGUUGCUCUGGCGCUGAUGUGCGUCCUGCUGCUCGUCGACGCCGCGGCCCGGAGAGCCGAGGCGGCCUCGUACAACGUCGGCAACAGCGCCGGGUGGGAUCUCAGCGCGGACUUGCCGUCGUGGGCCAGCGGCAAAACCUUCUACGUCGGCGACGUUCUAGUGUUCCAGUACUCGAAGUACCACACCCUGGACGAGGUCGACGAGGCCGGGUUCAAGAACUGCAGCGCGGCGAGCGCGGUCCUGUCCCGGAGCGACGGCAACACGACGGUGCCGCUGGCGGCGCCCGGCGACCGGUACUUCAUCUGCGGCAACCAGCUGCACUGCCUGGGCGGGAUGAAGCUGCACGUGCUCGUCAACCAGCCGGCGGGAGGAGCAGGGGGAGCCCCGGCGGGGGCCCCGUCGCAAGCCCCGCCGCAGGCCGCCCUCGCGCCCGGCACCGACGACGACGCGGGCGUCCCCAGGCUCUUCCUCGGCGGGUCCCGCCGGAACGCGGCGGGGCCGCUGCUGGCGGCGUGGCUGGUCGUAGUCGUAGCUGCGGCCCUGUUUGCGAGCGCGGGACCCGGCGCCAGCGACGGGCUCACCGACACCGAGCUGAAUGGCGCCAGCGAAGGUGCUAGCGCGGGCGCCAGCUCCGGCGCCAGAGCGGGCGACGGGGCCGGGGCCUCUGUGGGCGACGGUGUCGGGGCGACGCUCGGAGCCGGCGACACGGGGGCUGGAGCGGGAGCCGUGACGGGCGCGGCGGUGGGCGGCAUUAUCGGGGCAGCGAGAAGUGGCGUCGGUGCCAUUGCUGGAGGGAGGGUGGAUGGAGGAAGCGCCGCCGGUGGCAUCGCCAGCGGUGGGGAGGCCACUGGUGCCGGCGCCGCGGGUGCUGGCGCGGCCACGGUAGGCGGCGUGGCCGCAGGUGGCGAUGCGAGUGGAGGUAAGGUGGCUGGAGGGGUUGCAGAGACGGGAGGCGCGGCGGCUAGUAGUGGCGGAGAGGCAACGGGAGGUGACGUGGCAGCCAGCUGCGGGGAGGCGGCCGUGGUCGGCGGUGCGGCGGAGGCUAGUGGCGGCGAGGUGGCGGUGGUAGGAGGUGCGGCAGAGACCUGCGGCGGGGACGCGGCUGUAGUUGGCGCCGUGGCAGAGACCUGUGGCGCUGAGGCAGCUGCAGUUGGCGGCGCAGCGGAGGCCUUGGGAGCCGAGACGGCUACUGUUGUUGGCGGCUGCGCAGAGGCCCGCGGCGCCGACGCGGAUACUGUUGCUGGUGGCUGCGCAGAGGCCUUUGGCGCUGAGGCUGCCGUUGUCGGUGGCGCGGCAGAGGCCUGCGGCGCGGAGGCUGCCUUUGUCGGUGGCGCGAUCGAGAACUGCGGCGCCGAGGCCGCCGUUGUCGGUGGCGCGACAGAGGCCUGCGGCGCGGAGGCUGCCAUGGUCGGUGGCGCGACGGAGGUGGCCUGCGGCGCCGAGGCGCUGACCGGAGGAGCCUUGGACGCGGACGGCGACGAGGCCGGCGACUGCGCCGCGCAGGACACGAGGAGGAGCGAGAGGACGAGCGGGAGCAGAGCCAUUGUUACCCGGCCGGCUCCCUCUCGAACUCGUUCUCCUUUCAGCUCCUUCGCGUCUUCUUGCUCGGCACACGAGCUUUCCUCUCUGUUGCCGUGCCUCUGUGUGUUCUGACCUGACCUGAGCAGCGCAGAGCAGUGCUGUGACUGUAAGAGCGAGCUCCAGUGACGACGCGCUAUAUAUAGCGCGCUCCGCUGAUCGUGCGUGACUGCGUGUGAAACCCAGCAUUGCGAGCUGAUGGGGAGAGCUCGAUCGAGGAGGGGAGGAGAAAACAAGCCACGUUUACGGGUUACAGCUCAGCGUGGGGGCCAGCUUCUAAUGAUGACGUAGCCAUUUAGGGCACAGGCAUGCACGCGUAUACGUACGGUUUUCGUAGCUGAUGGCACCACCUUUCAGUACUCACGCGCCGACAUCUACCUAUCUGUGGUCGGUCCUGAGUGUACCGUGUACCAAUGCAAGUGUCUUCUUUGCUAAACAGGCACUUCGGUGUAUGACAGUCUACUGAUUAAUAAAGAACUUACAGUGUACUAGGAGCACUAGGCCA